CCAUGUCCUCAUCCCACUUUCCUCUCUCCUUUUAAUCAUACACCAUCUCCGAAAACCCUCUCAUCCUCAUACUUCAUCGGGCAAAAAAAUCUCCGACCCAAUUGACGAUUAUAGUUGUACUGACUUGUUCUUCGUCUGCGACCUCCCAAACCCAGUUAUGUCAAGCAAUGUCAAUGGUUGUGUAGAAGAUGUUCAUUGUUGUCCAGGUACUUGUGGUCCAUUGCAAUUGAAGAAGACCAAAUCAGGUGCUAACAAGGGGAGGUUGUAUUUGAUGUGUGGAUGUUGUGAUUUUUUCAUUUGGUAUGAUAAGGUGUGUCAAGCAACACAUGGAUGCAGCCAACAAUCCAAUUGGAGAGAUGCUAGCCAUACUAUGUUGAGUAGCAAAAUAGUGGAAAAUGGUGUUUUACCGAUUGUAAAAGUGGAUGCUGAUGCUGAUUUUUUCUUAAACCAAGUUAAAAGCGAUGUCAGUAAAAAGCAAUAUAUUUCUACAACGAUGUUGUUCCAGAAUAUAUGUUAAGCCAUCCCAAAUCAAGAUAAAAAAUUUAAUUGCAA